AUGAAACAACAUUCUAUAAGAUUGGCGCCUAGGAUCUUUGAAACUGUGAAGGGAAAGCUGAGCUUGGGGGCAAGGAUUCUUCAACAAGGAGGCAUGAAGAGAAUUUUUAAGCAACUUUUUGGGGUUACGGAAGGAGAGAAUCUGUUGAAGGCUUCUCAAUGCUAUUUAUCAACAACAGCAGGCCCCAUAGCAGGCCUCCUCUUUCUCUCUACUCAGAGGGUUGCCUUUUGCAGUGAGAGAUCCAUCAAAUUCUCUUCUCCAAAUGGUGAAUUGGUUAGAUUCUAUUACAAGGUUUCAAUCCCACUGAGAAAGAUAAAGAGAGUAGACCAAAGUGAGAAUAUGAAAAAUCCAUCUCAGAAGUACAUGGAAGUAGUCACUGCUGAUGAUUUUGAAUUCUGGUUUAUGGGGUUCUUGAAUUAUCAGAAAGCUUUUAACUGUCUCCAAAAGGCAUUAAUGUCUCAAUCUUGAACGAGUUACACAUCAACCCAAAAGUGAUUGAAGCAGAAAUGGUUUUGCCCUCUACAUAAAAAAUGUAUACAAAAUAUUUUGUUAAUAAGAAAUUGAUCUCCAAUUCUUCUCUGACAGCGAGAGCUUGGGCUUUUACGUCUGGAUUUCGCAGUAUAUUGUUUCGAGAAAGUCCGACCAAUCUUUUCAGCAACGAAAAGAAGCAGAUUAGGCCCUGUCCGGGAUUCAUUUUAAGCGUCUUAGAAAUCACUUUGCAAUAGUUUUUUACAAACAUUUUAUGUUGGGUGAAACAAACACUACUACAAAAAUUGAAAUUAAUGACGCUUUCUAAAAGCGUCAUUAUUGAGGGUAUACAAUGACGCUUAUAAAAAGUGUCAUAGUUGUAUUAUUUAUCUUGAUACUUAUUAUAAGUGUCAUUAUUUGAUGUCAUCUUUUUCCUUAUAACUGUGUAUAUAAUGACGCUUAUAAGAAACGUCAUAGUUUUAUUAUUUACCUUGACACUUAUUAUAAGCAUCAUUAUUUGAUGGGUA